UUUCCCCCAGUGUUGUUUCCGAAGUUGAUAGAAGACAAGUCGCUUAAGACCGUGUUUGGAAAUUGGGAGCUAUUGGCUCGAAUUUUGAAAGCUUCAUUGCAUGGAGUUGCCUCGCUCCAUCAAGAGUUGAGUGGUGGCGGCGCCCAUACUAACUCUCUCAAAUGGAGUGUCCACCAAAUCACGCCAGGGUCAAUAGCGUGGGCGGCAGUCAUCGUAAUCUUUUUACUGUCACCGGACACUGAAUAUUCGAGCAGCGGCACUGGGAAGAAAUCCAACAUUUGUUACCGGAAUCUGUUCCACCUCUACAAGAAAGUUCUCGUAACUAAGUGGGCUACGAAGCACAUUGCUACCAUUGUCACCAGCAUCAAUCAUUACAUUUUCAAGGCUGCAAAAGCUUCAGCCUUCGAUUCUGCUGAACAAGAUGAUCACGCAGAUGCAAUCAAUCGCGCACUUGCAGCGCUCGAUAUGGACAGCGAUUCUGAAUCAGACACCGAGUUG